AUGCAGAAAAUUGAAUUAGCAAUUGGUAAUGCGGUGAAGCAUCGAAAUUAUAAUGCUUUGAUAACAGAAACUUUUGAUUUGGCUAGAGCUCAAGCUAAGAAUGCUUUGGAACGAGGUUACGAGCCUUUUCCUGUCGUUGUCAAAGACUGCUAUGCAGUGAAAGAUCUCCGAACAACUUGUGCAUCACAAAUGCUAGCCAAUUACAUUACGCCUUAUACAGCUACAGUAGUUUCAAGAAUUGUGGAAAGUGGAGGAUGUAUUAUCGGGAAGGCUAAUAUGGAUGAGUUUUGCAUGGGGACGUCUAGCUCGUAUAGUUAUUUUGGACCGGUAAAGAAUGGGUUCUCUGAUAAGGAUAAGCUUGAAAAGGACUGGUUGAUACCAGGUGGUUCUUCAGGAGGGUCAGCAGUUUCUGUGCAGCUAGGUCUUGCAGAUGUUGCUCUGGGGUCUGAUACUGGAGGCUCCGUCCGGAACCCAGCAGCUUUCACAGGAACAUUUGGUUUCAAACCGUCGUAUGGAGUUCUUUCACGGCACGGCCUGAUACCGCUUGUCAACUCGCUUGAUUGCCCGUCAAUUAUAGCUAAAGAUGCAUUUGAAUGCAACCGGCAUUUUAAUCCGAAUGAUGCUACCUCUAUUGAGGCUCCAAACAGUUGCUUCAUGGGAAGUCGCCUUUUUUCAAGUUUAACAAUUGGAAUUCCUAAGGAGUUUUUUAACCAGACUUUGUCAGACGUUUGCUGGAACGCAUGGAAUGAUGCUGCAAAGGAGCUUGUUAAAAUGGGGUGUAAAUUAAAAGAAGUCAGUAUGCCGCAUAUCGAGUACUCCAUUAUUUGCUAUCACGUAAUUGCCGAAACCGAUAUCGCUUCAAACAUGGCGCGGUAUGAUGGGGUUGCCUACGGCUACCGGUCUGGAAAUAAACUUUCUACCCAUGAAAUGUACGCUUCAGCUCGUAGCAAGACUUUGAAUGAAGUUGUCAGAAGACGCAUUUUAGCAGGGAAUUAUUUCCUCCUAAGGCGGCACGUGGAAAAAUACUUCGGAAAAGCUCUCAAAGUCAGAAGACUUAUUAAGAACGACUUUGACCGUGUGUUCCGAGAAGAAGGCUGUAGCGCGUUACUGACACCCGUCACUACAGGACCACCUCCUUACUUUUCACAAAUGAAAGAAGGCAGCUACGAACGAGAACGGAGUGAAGACUUUUAUACACAGCCUGCAAAUAUGGCUGGUAUUCCUGCUUGUGCCGUUCCUUUCGUUAACGCGAACGGACUCCCUGUGUCGGUGCAGGUGAUGGCUGACCACUUGAACGACGGAAUCGUUCUCGAGGUCGCUAGUGUUCUCCAAAAAAUAUUUUUAUAG